CUCUAAGCAUCACAUUGUUCUUAAUUUACUCUCUAUUUUUCUCUCUUGUUCACUUGUCUCUUACACCUAUAGGGAAAAACAAUGGCCGUGGCAGGAUCACGACGAAUGAUGUGGCCGGUUGAAAUGGCAGUGGUAGUGAUCGGGCUGCUGGCUAUGGCAUCGCCCACCAUGCAACUUAGCAUGAAAAACCCUCUGCAAGGGGCUGUCCAGAAGAUCAAUGACUUAAAACCACCAGUUUAUGCGAUCAUUGUGACUACCACUUCCUCUGAGCAGGCAUUUAAUGAGUCUGGCAUCUUCAAUUCUACUUCAUCUGUUGCAUACAAAGGAAGAACAUUCUUGCUUGGAACAAUUUAUGGACGUAGAUUUGUCUUCGUUAAUAGUCCAGCUAAUCCAUCGAUUAACGUGGCCAUAACAGUGGAAAUCAUGGCUGCCAAAUUUAAUCUUCUUGGAAUCAUCUAUUUUGGGAGUGCUGGAGCCCUUAAUGAUUGGUUGAGCGUCGGUCAAGUUGCUGUACCCAGCGCAGUUGGCUCCACAGGACUUUGGAAAUGGCUGCCAUACAAUGCAUCAAAGGAAGGUCUGCUCAAGUUCGCAGAAUUUAAUGAACCAGAGGAAGGAGAAAAUUUGCUCGGAAGUGUACUGUAUGAAAAAUCAAAGGUGUACGUAAAUGGGACAUUCAAAGAAAGUAUUUGGAUUGAAGUUACUCCAGAAUGGCAACAGAUUGCAGAUAAGAUUGAGAUCGACUUUGUUUUUACUGGACUGAGGAUCUCCAGUGCAGAUACAUACGUGAGCAAUGAAGCAUACAGAGACUUCCUUUACAAAACUUUUGAGACCUCAGUUGUGGAUACAUCGAGCAUUGCUGUGGCAUUGGGAGCUCAUACAAACGAACUGCCAUUUAUUUUGUUCAAUGGAGUUUCAAAUUACGCUGAUGGAGGUGAAAGCAACAGUGAUUUGGCCAACACAUGUGCAGUGAAAGUAUUGGAAUGCUUCAUUCAUCUUCUACUUGGAAGGCCUUCUCCUGCUUCUUAUGAUGAUUGAGUGAAAUCAAUUUAUCUUGUUAUCGUGGCUAGCAACCAACGCACGCGCUAAAUAAGCUUGCCAAUAUUUACGUACUCGUUUGGAUUUUGUAAUGGCCUGCUGCCAUAAAUAAUAAUUAUAUUGAUUAAUUAAA